AUGGAAAUGCAAGGAACAGGAAAUCAGGCAGUGGAUCCAACAGCAAAGUUGGAGCAGUUUCUAAAAGCUUUGACAGAUACCUUAGAUGCUGAAUACAAAAAUGAAACACCCGAGUACUAUAAAUCAAUGAUACUGCCGCAACUUUUGCCACAAUCAAGAAUAAUAAUGAAUGGACAGCCAUUUGGUUCAAAGGCCCAGUUUCAAGAGCUGUGGUCGACUUUACCAGCCACUCAGCAUCAAACCACUAGUUUCGAUUCACAUCUCCUUCCUACAAAUAACGGAUCUGUGUAUAUUAUUCUUGCGCACUUGAAAGUGAGAUUUGAUGAAUCCGGAAGGAAUAGAUUUGGGCAGACAACGGAAUUACUUCCCGGAGGACCAGAUGGAAGAUUGCAUAGGCCAUUAUUUUCGAACUGGUUUGGUGUUACUGUUAGUAUGGUGGUAUCGGAAAAGAUAAAUACAAACUUUAAUAUCGAGUGCAUAAGUUCGUUUGACUAUCGUAUAACGGAGUGCCCAGAUAACUCAGUGUUUAUGAUAUAA